UGAGGGUAAAAUUUGAUUUCAAAGGAAUCCCGUUUUAGAAAAACACGGUAGAAGGAAGAGAUAAAAAAAGAAAAAGAAAACGGCAUGCAGUGGUGGGCGUUAUGGCGGAGGUGCUGUAUUGGAUCUCAACGUUUGUCCUCAUUUUGACCCAUCUUUGUAUUCUUGGUUACGAGCUUCUAUUAUUGGUGGACCUGGAGUUUGAUUAUAUCAAUCCAUAUGAUUCAACAUCUCAGAUAAACCAGGUUGUGGUGCCAGAGUUUAUUGUCCAAGGAAUCUUAUGCUUCGUAAAUCUUAUAGCUGGACAUUGGUUUAUAUUCUUCCUAUCUCUUCCUUCCCUGUAUUACAAUGUGAGAUCGUACAGUAGAAGAGAACACUUAGCAGAUGUUACCGAAAUAUACAAUAAGCUGAAUUCUGAGAGAAAGAAGCUGCUGUUCAAAGUUGCAUAUCUUGUUGCAGUAUUUGUGAUCGCUGUAGUAAGCUUGGUAUGGACCCUUACCGAUGAUGUGAAUUAAUUGGUGGCUCGCCUUCCAUGCCUGAUAAGUUGCAGGCUCAUACAUUCAAUGCAAUGUGGCAAGAUCCAUGGUGAGAACAAAUAUGAACUGAUCUCCAUGGAGGAGGGAACAUGUGAGAAGCUUCAGAAGGAUUGGUUCUCCUAAUAUCUGAGUCACAGUGCUCAAGAUUGAAAAAAGAAAGUUAUUUGAGUUCAUAGUAGAACAUAAACAUAAACAUUUUUUGCCUAAUAUGUAUAUUUCUACUGUCACGUUUGCUUCCUCUGCAUGUAACUGUAAGAGUGUGACUGACAUACAUUUUAUCUUGGCUUAAACCUUUUGUGCUGUUCCAAAUUCAUAAUCAUUGUUUAAUUUGUAAUAUCUAAGAGUAAA